GAGCUGACAUCAGAUCUUGACAAGUUGAUAGCCUUCCACAGUACCCUUUUUGCUUGGAGAAGCAUUGAGUCGGUGAAAUUGUAGACGCACAGGCAGAAGGUGGCAGUGAGAGCUGCUUUGUUGGCAGCAAUACCUAAAGGUCAGUGUCUACCGGCGGCUGCAGAGAGAGGAGCAGCAAUGGUGUCAGUCUCACCAAAGAGCCCCAGGAACUGAAUGAGAAAGGAGACUGCAAGCACCUGGUCUCAACCUGCUAAGACCCAGCACUCCCUCAGAUAACUGCCUGCAUUGUGCACAAAGGAAGAGACGAAACUCCUACAUCCCUUCAUUCGCCUAAGAGAACUCACUGGAGCAGAUUUGAUACAGACUUGUGUCUGGUGGCCCCCUUCUUUUUGUACAAAGGCUGCCUUGAAAGAGACGCAGUGGUAUUUAAUUAGCUGUGAGAUGAGGCCUUGCUGCUAGCAGUCAGAGGAGAAAGGAUUCAUCAUCCAUUCAUCGGGCUUGAUGUCCAUGUUUCUACUCCGUACCCUGAGGAGAGUCUACCACGGAAUCCAAAACGGCAGCUGGGGAGAAUCCAUCAAACAUGCCUACAGAAACACUACAGACAGAUAGCAUGGUCAAACCUGUCAGCCCGGCAAGCACCUUUACCUCAGCAGUACCUCUCCGGAUACUGAACAAAGGGCCAGACUAUUUCCGCAGGCAGGCAGAACCGAACCCUAAAAGACUCAGUGCUGUCGAGAGACUGGAAGCAGACAAAGCCAAAUACGUGAAGAGUCAGGAGGUGAUAAAUGCAAAGCAAGAGCCUGUGAAGCCAACUGUAAUGGCAAAGCCGCCUGCCGGACCAGCUACCAAACGGGCAGGGAGCAGUCCAGCGACAAAGGUAUCAAACAACAACUCUAAGACGGACAGUAGUGUAAAAAGAGAAAAUUUGAACCUGGAAAUUCUGAAAAAUAUCAUUAACAGUUCAGAGGGCUCUUCCUCAGGGACAGUACAUAAACACAGCGCCAGAAGCUGGGCUCCCCACAGGUCAGAAUCUACAGAGCUCAACAGACGGUCCUUUGCAGAGUCGCUUAAAGUGUUCCCUACUCAAAGCCACUCAAGUCCCCAAGGAAGUAAUUUAAAUAUUAGUAAACGUCUUGAAGAGCAGUCAAGUGAUUCAUCACUACACGUAUCUCAUAGCUCAUCAGACAUUAGAAGGGUAUGCAAUGGCAAGCCAUUAAAAGCUAUGCCUAGUAGUAGUUCGGCUCCACCUCUACCACCUAAGCCCAGCAUUACAGCUUGCAAUAUGCUGAAAUCACCUGGGACUGACACAUUAGAGCCUGAUAAUGGAGUGAGCAGGAGGCCCUCUUUGCAUAGAUCAAAAUCUGAUCUAAGUGACAGAUAUGCCCGAGCCAGCGCAGAUGUUGAACGUUUUUUUAACUACUGUGGACUGGAUCCUGAAGAACUUGAAAACUUUGGAGUGGAGAAUUUCACCCGGGCAAACUCGGAUAUAAUCUCUCUCAACUUUCGCAGUGCAAGCAUGAUUAGUUCGGACUGUGAUCAGUCGCGGCACAGCAAUGACGACCUGACGGAUGAUGAAGAUGCCAGUGAGCGAGUGCCAUAUGGCAUCUCUGCUGUCGAAAGGAAUGCCAGAGUCAUCAAAUGGCUAUAUAGCAUCAAGCAAGCUCGAGAAUCUCAGAAAGUGUCUCAUGUGUGAGAGAGGACCCUCAACUUCUUUUUUUUUUUCUUUUUUUUUCUUUUUGAAAAACUUGUAUUUAGUCUGUGAAUCUUAUAUUUGUGAAAGGUUGUGAAGUUUAUUUUUUGCACACUUAAUUGCUUUGCAUUAUAUGUACAAGGCAUACAGAAACUGCAUGCUUGUCAACAUGUGAACUAACUUGACCUCCAAUUAUAGUAAAAAAAAAAUAAUAAUAAUAAUAAUAAUUAAAUAAUAAAUAUGGAAAACUGUACUAUGGAGAUGGCUGCAGGCCAAGGCCGUCUAUCCUAGAUAUGCUUAUAUCAGUCAAAAACCUUGAGACUUUUGAUCCAUUAGGUUUAUGUGUUGAGUCAUUUCACAGAACAGGCACAACACAAACAACCAUAUCGAUAUGAGCACAUAAAUUCAAAUGAGUUACCAUUAAUAGGUAAAUUAUCUAAUGUAUAAUGACAGUCAAAUAUGUAUAUACAUGUGUGGGCUGUAGAUGCAUGUUACAGUCCUUGCAAGUUCUAUAGUAAACUCAAGAACAUGUGACUUUCUCAUAAAGCUAUCCAGUGUUGCAAACACUGUUACAUACUGUUAUUUAAAUCAUCAGCAUUCUGUGUCUUGUGUAUGGAUUCAUCUUCUACUGUUCUGACUGACAGCGCCAGUGUGGUACAAUGGAAUGGAAGUCCAGUGAGUGACCUCAUUUUAUGUAGUAUUUGACAGAAUUGCAUUAUGUAACAUCUGCCGAUAGGAAAGUAGAAUUUUUGUUUUUUUUGUAAUUGUGUAAAUUCUGUAAGGAUUUGUAUAUACUUUUAAAAUUGUUACCAAAUCUGUAAAGAGAAGUCUGUUACGCUAAUAAAUAGCUCUU